AUGGUUUUGAUUAAAAAAUUCAGGCAUAAAGUUGUAUUAGAAUUGUUGAAAUUUUUUAAUGCCCUACUGAAAAGACUACGUCCCAUCCUUCAAAACAAUCAAAUCAUACCAAAUAAUCAGUUUGGAUUUAGAAAUAGGCACUCAACAAUUCAUCAAGUUCAUCGUCUUACCGACGAAAUCUCAACUGCUCUCGAAAACAAAGAAUACUGUUCUGAACUUUUUUUAGAUAUUGCCCAAGCAUUCGAUAAAGUCUGGCACGACGGCUUACUAUACAAAUUAAAACUUUUCAUGCCAGCUCCCUACUAUCUUAUUAUAAAAUCGUAUUUACAAAAUCGUUCGUUUGUCGUACGACAGGGUAACGAUAUCUCAUCUACUCACUCAAUUUAUGCUGAAGUCCCGCAUGGUAGUGAUUUAUCCCCUGAUCUAUAUAAUAUAUUCACAGCAGAUAUUCCUCAAUCUUGCAACACCUUUCUUGCAACAUACGCCGAUGGCACAGCUAUUCUUUCCUCUAGUUCAAAUCCUAUCCUAGCUUCAGCUGCAAUCCAGGACCAUGCUAAUAAAAUAGACGAAUGGGCCAAAAAAUGGAAAAUCAAAAUAAAUACUGACAAAUCUGUGCAAGUUGCUUUCACGUUAAAACAAUCUCCCCGUGAAUGCCCUCAAUUAACCAUGAACAACGCCCCCAUCCCUGUCCAAACCGAAUGUCGACUCAUUAGGCGGUAUUUGUUAAAGAAAAUGAAGAAAGUUCCAAUCGUUCUAGCGUUAAUUGUUAGCGUAUCAUGUGAACUUAUUCAACAUAAAGAAAAUGAAUUGUAUUCAGAUUCGUACAGUAAUCCGGGAAUUUUGUAUGAAGAGACACACAAUCACUUAAAUGACGAACUCAGUUUAGAUAAAAAUCCUUUUAAGAUACCAUCACUAAUGAAGAAUCCUAUCGGACUCUUGGAUAACCGAGAAAUUGAUCUGGCUGAUCGAUGUUUUCCUAAGCCAAUAUGUGAUCCACUAACUAAGUAUAGAACCAUAAACGGUAGUUGUAAUAAUUUAAUAUUUCCAAUUUGGGGACAAUCGAAUUCAGCAAACACACGAAUUAUUCAAGCUGAUUAUUCGGAUGGUAAGAGCAAAGAAAGAAAAUCAAUAUCGGGAAAGAAAUUGCCCAACCCAAGGAAAAUACGAACAACUUUGUUCCCAGACUUGAAUAGACCUACGAUGAAGUAUAAUUUAUUGUUCAUGCAAUUUGGUCAAGUAACUGCACACGAUACUGAAUUAAUAUUUUCUAAAUCAGUAGGUAAUGAUGGUAAUCCAAUAUUAUGUUGCAAUCCUGAUGGCUCUACGCCGGAAAUUCUACCACAAGAUUGCCUUCAGAUUACAAUCCCGAAAGAUGAGAAUGGUUAUUCAAAAAAACGAUGUUUAUCAUCUCAGCGAGCCACUGAUACAGCCGACCUAGGUUGCAAUAUAAAACCAGUUAGACAACAAAUUGGAGUUACCAGUUUUAUGGAUGCUUCAUUAUUAUAUGGUUCAGAUGAAAAAACCGCCCGUUCCUUAAGGACAUUCUCUCAUGGAAAACUCAGAAGACAAAUAGGGCCUAAAGGAAAAUCAUAUUUGCCUAAUGUUAAACAAGCUACAAAAGAAUGCACCGUGUCUAACGAUAUGACUGUGUGCUAUGCUGCCGGUGAUUUAAGAGUAAACCAACAUCCAAAUAUAGCAGUUUCGACGAUAUCAUUAUUGAGAAUUCAUAACAAGCUAUGCGAUGAAUUUGUUAAAAUAAAUCCCGAAUGGAAGGACGAGCGAAUAUACCAAGAAGCCAGGAGAUUACUCAUCGCGAUGUAUCAACACGUGGUAUACUAUGAAUUCGUUCCAAGACUUGUAGGAAAAGAUUAUGCCAAAGCAAACAAAUUACUACCAUUAGAAAAAGGUUAUAAUAUGGAUUACGAUGAAUUUUUAAAUCCAACUACAAUAACCAGUUUUACUGGAGCUGCAUACAGAUCACUUCAUAGUGAAAUACAGGGAUAUAUGGAUUUGAUCAAUGAAGCCAGAAAAGUGACGUCAAAAAUUCGCCUGAGUGAUUUUUUUCUAAGAACUGAUAUAGUCCAGAGAGGAGACAAUUAUGAUAGUUUUACUAGGGGUUUGCUUAGUCAGAUAUCACAGGAACAAGAUCAAUAUUUCACAAGUGAAGUUAGUGAAUACUUAUUCAGGGUACCGAAUAAAACAGAAGGCUUCGACUUACCCAGCUUUGACAUCGCACGUGGUAGAGAUUUUGGAGAACCAUCGUAUAAUAAAUUUAGGCAAUUGUGUGGGUUGAGCGAAGCCAAGACUUUUGACGAUUUUACGGAUCAAAUAUCCAAAAAAAAUGUUGAUACUCUAGCCAGCUUGUACGAGGAUCCAAAUGAUGUYGACUUUUACGUGGGUGGUUUGUUAGAAAAACAGAAACCUGGAUCUUUAUUGGGCCACACAUUUCAGUGUAUUUCUGGAGAAAUGUUUUUCAGAUGGAAGUUUGGCGAUAGAUUUUUUUACGAAUUUGGCAACCAAACGGGAUCUUUUCGUCCGGAUCAACUUGAUGAAAUACGAAAAUCAACAUUAUCGCUCUUUAUCUGCAUGUCAUCAGAUAUUCAAUCUAUACAACGUGAUGCAUUUGAUGUACUCAGUAAACAAAAUCCAUUGGUACCUUGCAGUUCCCUGCCAAAAAUCAAUUUGGAUCUUUGGAAAGAAUAAUGGAUUUAAUAGAURAUUAAAACAAAUAUUUAACCGAAAAAUAAUUAUCGCUGUAAUUAUUGUCUUGAUUUUUAUGUAACUCUAAAAGAACAUUAAUAUAAAACACUGUAAUGACUAUA